AUGCAUAUUACUCCCGCUGUUGCAGCCCUGAGCAUUGGUGCCUUGUCAACAGCUGCCCAUGCCGCCAGCUCCAAGACUUGCUGCUCAGCUUUGGAGGCCACUACCCUAAAGAGCCAGGUCGUUUAUCCCGGUAACCCUGCUUACAAGGAAUCCAUUGGCUCUUACUGGGCUGUGAAUGUUCAGCUUGAGCCAACCUGUAUUUUGCAGCCACGCACUGCUAAAGAGGUUUCUCUCGCCGUCUCUACGCUCGUUACCGCUGAUGGUGGAUCUUGCAAAUUUGCUGUUCGCGGUGGUGGCCAUACCACCUGGGCGGGAGCGAACAACAUCGCCGAUGGUGUGACAAUUGAUCUGUCAUUGAUGGACACCACCACUUACAACAAAGAAGCUGGUACUGCUUCUAUUCUUCCUGGAGCCCGCUGGGGAGGUGUCUACGAGACUCUAGCAAAACACGAUGUGACAGUUCCAGGUGGCCGCUCUGGAGUUGUUGGUGUUGCUGGAUUCUUGCUUGGCGGUGGAAAUACUUUCCACACUGCGCGUGUUGGUUUUGCUUGCGACAACGUCGAGAACUACGAGGUUGUGCUGGCCAAUGGAACUAUCAUUGAAGUUAACAAGGAUGCCCACGCGGAUCUCUUCAAAGCUCUGAAAGGUGGAUCCGGCAACUUCGGAAUUGUCACUCGAUAUGAUCUGAAGAUUAUCGAAGACGACAAGCUCUGGGGUGGAAUUGUCACCUACGACAAUAGCACUACCCUGCAACACCUUGAGGCUGGUCACGAGUUCAUCAACAACCUCGAAAAGGACCAAUACGCCUCGUGGAUUGGUAUGUGGGAGUAUCUUUCUGUGACCGACCAAAAUAUGGUUGCCAAUGCUCUGGAGUAUACCACUCCAGUCCCUUACCCUGCCGCUCUCGAUAGCUUCACUGCUAUUGCCAACACUAGCAGCUCAAUGCGUGUUACGAACCUUUGGAACCUUACCGAGGAGCUCGGUCAGGCAGCUGGAUACCGCGAUGUUUUCGUAACUGCCUCAUUUGUCAACAAUCUCGAUGUUAUGAAGCGGACCGUCGAUAUCCACAACAGAAUGAUUGAGGAGGCCAAGGGAAGUGUGAAGGGCGAUGACUACACUAUGUUCACCAUGAUCCAGCCUUGGCCCAAACUGUUCACUGAUCACAGCGUCGAGAAAGGCGGCAACAUGCUGGGUCUUGACCGCUUCGAAGAGAACCUGUUCCAGGUCCUCUUUGACUACUCGUGGAAGGACGAGGCCGACGAUGCUUUGUUCAACCAACUGGCCAAUAAGGCUCUUGAAGAGUUGACCACCUACUCGAAGUCGAUUGGAGCCGAAAAUGAGUAUAUUUACCUCAACUACGCCAACAGCAACCAAGAUCCCCUGUCUACCUACGGAUCUGAGAAUGUGGAGUACAUCCGGGCUGUUGCUAAGAAGUACGACCAGACCGGUGUUUUCCAAACGCAGGUGCCGGGUGGAUUCAAAAUUAGCGCUGUGGGCAAGUGA